AUGCAGAUUUCUGCUUCUUAUCCUUAUGGGACAGGAGAGGAGGAACCAGAGAAAAAGAAGAAGUACCACACGGGCAGGAAGAUCCCCCAGCCUGUGGGAGAGCUCUUCCUCCUUGGCAAGCUCUUUCAACCAUCUGAGAAGAGGAAGACCCUCAGGCUCCUUUCUAUAUGCAUCAUGGGUGAAGUAAAAGCUGCCGGGCCCGGGCCUGUGGUGCUCCCCGCGGGCGUCAUCAACCCGUCGGUCCCGAUCCGCAACAUCCGGAUGAAAUUCGCAGUGCUGAUCGGACUCAUACAGGUCGGCGAGGUCAGCAACCGGGACAUCGUGGAGACCGUGCUGAACCUGCUGGUUGGUGGCGAGUUCGACUUAGAGAUGAACUUCAUCAUCCAGGAUGCCGAGAGUAUAACGUGUAUGGCGGAGCUCCUGGAGCACUGUGACGUCACCUGCCAGGCAGAGAUAUGGAGCAUGUUUACGGCCAUUCUGCGGAAGAGCGUGCGGAACUUACAGACUAGCACAGAAGUCGGGCUCAUUGAACAAGUGCUGCUGAAAAUGAGUGCUGUAGACGACAUGAUCGCAGAUCUUCUAGUUGAUAUGUUGGGGGUUCUUGCCAGCUACAGCAUCACCGUCAAGGAGCUGAAGCUUCUGUUCAGCAUGCUUCGAGGAGGAAGCGGAAUCUGGCCAAGACACGCAGUAAAAUUAUUAUCAGUCCUUAAUCAGAUGCCACAAAGACAUGGUCCUGAUACUUUUUUCAAUUUCCCUGGUUGUAGUGCUGCGGCAAUUGCAUUGCCUCCUAUUGCAAAGUGGCCUUAUCAGAAUGGGUUCACUCUGAACACGUGGUUUCGUAUGGAUCCAUUAAAUAAUAUUAAUGUGGAUAAGGAUAAGCCUUAUUUGUAUUGCUUUCGUACAAGCAAAGGAGUUGGAUACUCUGCUCAUUUUGUUGGAAACUGUUUAAUAGUCACGUCACUCAAGUCCAAAGGCAAAGGUUUUCAGCACUGUGUGAAGUAUGACUUCCAACCGCGCAAGUGGUACAUGAUAAGCAUUGUCCACAUCUACAACCGGUGGAGGAACAGUGAGAUCCGCUGCUAUGUCAAUGGACAGCUGGUUUCCUAUGGUGACAUGGCCUGGCAUGUCAACACAAAUGACAGUUAUGACAAGUGCUUUCUCGGAUCUUCAGAGACGGCUGAUGCCAAUAGGGUGUUCUGUGGCCAGCUGGGUGCGGUGUACGUGUUCAGUGAGGCCCUCAACCCAGCGCAGAUAUUUGCCGUUCAUCAGUUAGGACCUGGAUAUAAGAGCACCUUCAAGUUUAAGUCUGAGAGUGAUAUUCACCUGGCGGAGCACCAUAAGCAGGUCCUGUAUGACGGAAAACUUGCAAGUAGCAUUGCCUUCACCUACAACGCGAAGGCAACCGAUGCGCAGCUCUGCCUUGAGUCGUCACCAAAGGAAAACGCAUCUAUCUUUGUGCAUUCCCCACACGCGCUUAUGCUCCAGGACGUGAAGGCUAUAGUGACGCAUUCGAUUCACAGUGCGAUCCACUCCAUCGGAGGCAUCCAGGUGCUGUUUCCGCUCUUCGCCCAGCUGGACAAUCGGCAGCUCAGUGACAGUCAAGUAGAAACAACCGUCUGCGCCACCCUCCUGGCCUUCCUGGUGGAGCUGCUGAAGAGCUCGGUCGCCAUGCAGGAACAGAUGCUGGGCGGAAAAGGCUUCCUGGUCAUCGGCUACUUGCUGGAGAAGUCAUCAAGAGUUCAUAUAACUAGAGCCGUCUUGGAGCAGUUCCUGUCCUUUGCAAAAUACCUGGAUGGUUUGUCACAUGGGGCCCCGUUGUUGAAGCAGCUUUGUGAUCACAUCUUAUUUAACCCGGCCAUCUGGAUACACACUCCCGCAAAGGUGCAGCUCUCCCUGUACACCUACCUGUCUGCCGAGUUCAUCGGGACGGCCACCAUCUAUAGCACCAUCCGCAGAGUGGGGACCGUGCUGCAGCUGAUGCACACGCUCAAGUACUACUACUGGGUCAUCAACCCGGCUGACAGCAGUGGCAUCGCGCCCAAGGGACUGGAUGGUCCCCGGCCAUCACAAAAAGAAAUUGUAUCACUCCGGGCAUUUAUGCUACUUUUUCUGAAACAGCUCAUAUUAAAGGAUCGAGGAGUCAAGGAAGAUGAGCUUCAGAGUGUAUUGAAUUACCUACUGACAAUGCAUGAGGAUGAAAAUAUUCAUGAUGUAUUACAGCUACUGGUGGCGUUAAUGUCAGAACACCCAGCUUCAAUGAUACCAGCAUUUGAUCAAAGAAAUGGAAUAAGGGUGAUCUACAAAUUAUUGGCUUCUAAAAGUGAAAGUAUUUGGGUUCAAGCUCUGAAGGUUCUGGGAUACUUUCUGAAGCAUUUAGGUCACAAGAGGAAAGUUGAGAUUAUGCACACCCACAGCCUGUUCACGCUUCUUGGAGAAAGGCUGAUGUUGCACACGAGCACCGUGACCGUCACCACGUAUAACACGCUCUACGAGAUCUUGACAGAACAAGUGUGCACUCAAGUUGUACACAAACCCCACCCAGAGCCAGACUCCACAGUGAAAAUUCAGAAUCCAAUGAUCCUUAAGGUGGUGGCCACUUUAUUGAAAAACUCGACCCCGAGUGCAGAGCUGAUGGAGGUCCGCCGUCUGUUUCUGUCUGACAUGAUAAAGCUGUUCAGCAACAGCCGUGAGAAUCGGAGGUGCUUGCUUCAGUGCUCAGUGUGGCAGGACUGGAUGUUCUCUCUCGGCUACAUCAACCCCAAGAACUCCGAGGAGCAGAAGGUCACUGAGAUGGUCUACAACAUCUUCCGCAUCCUCUUGUACCACGCGAUCAAAUACGAGUGGGGCGGCUGGCGAGUCUGGGUGGACACGCUGUCCAUCGCCCACUCCAAGGUCACGUAUGAAGCACAUAAGGAAUACCUCGCAAAAAUGUACGAGGAGUAUCAAAGACAGGAGGAAGAGAACAUUAAGAAGGGCAAGAAGGGGAGCGUGAGCACCAUCUCUGGCCUCUCCUCACAGACCACAGGAGCCAAGGGAGGGAUGGAAAUCCGGGAGAUAGAAGACCUUUCGCAGAGCCAGAGCCCAGAGAGUGAGACCGACUACCCGGUCAGCGCAGAUACGAGGGACUUACUCAUGUCAGCCAAGGUGCCAGACGACAUCCUCGGGCGUGCAGACAGACCGGGAAGUGGCGUGCACGUGGAAGUGCAUGACCUCUUAGUCGAUAUCAAAGCUGAAAAAGUGGAAGCAACAGAAGUCAAGCUUGAUGACAUGGACUUAUCUCCGGAGACACUGGUGGGUGGGGAGAACGGGGCGCUGGUGGAGGUGGAGUCGCUGCUGGAUAACGUGUACAGUGCGGCCGUUGAGAAGCUGCAGGGCACCGUGCACGGCAGCGUGAGCAUCCUUAAACAAGGCGAGGACAAGGAUAACGGCCCUCUGAUCACGCUGGCCGAUGACAAAGAUGCGCUUCCCAGCAGCGGCAGCCCGUUUCUCUUUGACAAAAUACCCAAACAGGAGGAGAAACUGCUCCCAGAGCUCUCCAGCAAUCACAUCAUCCCCAACCUUCAGGACACGCAGGUGCAUCUUGGUGUUGGUGACGACCUUGGGCUGCUUGCUCACAUGGCCACCAGUGUCGACCUGACUUGUCCGUCCAGCAUCAUAGAGGAAAAGGAGUUCAAAAUCCACACGACUUCAGACGGGAUGAGCAGCGUUUCUGACAGAGACUUGACAUCCUCAUCCAAAGGGCUGGAAUACGCAGAAAUGACUGCCACGACUCUGGAAACAGAGUCUUCCAGCAGCAAAAUCGUACCAAACAUGGACGCUGGGAGUAUAAUUUCCGAUACAGAGAGAUCUGAUGAUGGCAAAGAACUGGGGAAGGAAGUCCGGAAGAUCCAGACAACUGCUACGACGCAAGCUGUCCAGGGCCGGUCAGUCACCCAGCAGGACAGGGACCUCCGAGUGGAUCUGGGAUUCCGGGGCAUGCCCAUGACCGAGGAACAGCGGCGACAGUUCAGCCCAGGCCCUCGCACCACCAUGUUUCGGAUUCCGGAGUUCAAGUGGUCUCCGAUGCACCAGCGCCUUCUCACCGACCUGCUGUUUGCGUUGGAGACAGACGUGCACGUUUGGAGGAGCCAUUCCACAAAGUCGGUAAUGGAUUUUGUCAAUAGCAAUGAGAAUAUUAUUUUUGUACAUAACACAAUCCACCUCAUUUCCCAAAUGGUCGACAACAUCAUCAUUGCCUGUGGAGGAAUCUUGCCUUUGCUCUCUGCGGCUACUUCACCAACUGUAAGUACUACUGAGUUGGAAAAUAUUGAAGUGACACAAGGCAUGUCAGCCGAGACGGCGGUCACUUUCCUCAGCCGACUGAUGGCUAUGGUGGAUGUCCUUGUAUUCGCCAGCUCUCUAAAUUUCAGCGAGAUUGAAGCUGAGAAGAACAUGUCUUCUGGAGGUUUGAUGCGGCAGUGCCUACGGCUGGUCUGCUGUGUUGCUGUGAGAAACUGCUUAGAAUGCCGGCAAAGGCAGAGAGACAGGGGUACCAAAUCUUCCCACGGGGGCAGCAAACCUCAGGAAGCUCCCCAAAGCGUGACCGCCACCGCCGUGUCCAAGGCUCCACUGGAAAGUGUCCCAGGCAACCUUUCUCCUAUUAAAGACCCUGACAGACUUCUGCAGGACGUGGACAUCAAUCGCCUGCGGGCAGUUGUCUUUCGGGAUGUGGAUGACAGCAAGCAGGCCCAGUUCCUGGCUCUGGCUGUCGUGUACUUCAUCUCGGUCCUGAUGGUCUCCAAGUACCGGGACAUCUUGGAGCCCCAGCGAGAGACAGCCCGAGUGGGAAGCCAGCCGGGAAGGAACAUCAGACAAGAAAUAAACUCUCCAACGAGCACAGUUGUGGUCAUACCCUCUAUCCCUCAUCCAAGUUUGAACCAUGGAUUCCUUGCCAAGUUAGUUCCUGAGCAGAGCUUUGCCCACUCAUUUUACAAAGAAACACCUGCUACAUUUCCAGACCCUCUAAAGGAAAAGGAAACAGCAGCCCCUGGCGAAGAUGUUCCGCUGGAGAGUUCCAUUCGUCACGCCGAGUCAGGAGCUGGAGAGGAGCAGGUGGCCAGCAUCUUGAACGGGGCCGAACUGGAGGCCGGUGCGGGUGCCGACACCAUGGGGGACCUGCUGUCCACUCUGUCCUCAGAAGUGAAGAAAUCGCAGGAGAGCUUAGCAGAGAACCCCAGUGAGCUGCUGAAGCCAGCUCCGUCCAUCUCGAGCAUCAGUCAGACCAAGGGCAUCAAUGUCAAGGAGAUACUGAAGAGCCUCGUGGCAGCCCCCGUGGAGAUCGCAGAAUGUGGGCCCGAGCCUAUCCCAUACCCAGACCCGGCGCUAAAGAGAGAGGCCCAGGCCAUUCUCCCAAUGCAGUUUCAUUCCUUUGACAGGAGUGUGGUGGUGCCGGUCAAGAAGCCGCCCCCCGGGAGCCUGGCCGUGACCGCGGUCGGAGCCGCCCCUGCAGGAAGCGGGCUGCCCACAGGCAGCACGGCCAACAUAUUUGCCGCUGCCGGAGCUACACCAAAAAGUAUGAUUAAUACAACAGGUGCCGUGGAUUCAGGGUCGUCCUCCUCUUCCUCCUCUUCUAGUUUUGUGAACGGUGCUACCAGCAAAAACCUCCCGGCUGUCCAGACGGUCGCCCCCAUGCCGGAAGACUCGGCCGAGAACAUGAGCAUCACUGCGAAACUUGAAAGAGCUCUAGAAAAGGUGGCUCCUCUUCUCCGCGAGAUUUUUGUCGACUUUGCCCCGUUCCUGUCCCGCACGCUGCUCGGCAGUCAUGGUCAAGAGCUGCUCAUAGAAGGCCUUGUCUGCAUGAAGUCCAGCACGUCUGUGGUCGAACUGGUCAUGCUGCUUUGUUCUCAGGAAUGGCAGAACUCGAUCCAGAAGAACGCAGGACUUGCGUUUAUCGAGCUCAUCAAUGAAGGAAGGCUCCUGUGCCACGCCAUGAAAGACCACAUAGUGCGCGUUGCCAACGAGGCGGAGUUCAUCCUCAACAGGCAGAGAGCUGAGGACGUGCACAAACACGCCGAGUUCGAGUCACAGUGUGCCCAGUACGCCGCUGAUCGGAGAGAGGAGGAGAAGAUGUGUGACCAUCUCAUCAGCGCCGCCAAACACCGCGACCACGUGACGGCCAAUCAGCUGAAGCAGAAGAUUCUCAACAUUCUCACCAAUAAGCACGGCGCUUGGGGAGCAGUGUCUCACAGCCAGGUGCACGACUUCUGGCGCCUGGAUUACUGGGAAGACGACCUGCGGCGGCGGAGGCGCUUCGUCCGUAACGCCUUCGGCUCCACGCACGCGGACGCCCUGCUCAAAACUGCAGGAGAAUACGGCCUGCUGCAGGCUGCGCAUGCGCGGUGCCGCGCGCUGGACGCGGUGCGCGCGCCGGAGGCAGCCUGUGGGCCUGACGCGGUGCUGCUCGUCCGGGCGGGGAGGGCGUUUGUGCCCGGCUCGCGUCCCUCAGUGUUUGGACACAGUGGUUCUCAGCACCGAGCGGGAAGCCGGGCUCCUGGUGGAUACGGCGUGGACCUGUAUCAGGGCACACAGCCCCCCACAGGCGGGAAGGAUCUGGCCCCCAACGCCAGCAGGGUGCAGGCUGGGCACCCUGGUCCCGUGGACGGGAUGGACCCGGCAGUGGACACAUCGGUGACUGGAGAGGGCCGUGGGGACGAGAACAGGGCUAGGGAGCUCGGUACCGCGGAGCGGGUGAAGGCAGCCCUGCCGGCUGAGGACCGCGAUGAGGCGUGCGUUCGGCCCGCGUUAAGGGCGAACUCCCGGGCCCUCGAGGUCGCCCGGGAAGACGCUCCCGAGGUCUGGGCCGUGUCCGCAACCACACGGUCCCCGAAGCGGGGCGCGCACGGCCUUCUGCUCUCCCCGCUCGAGGGCCCGGCGCUCGGCGCCCGGGUUUGGCCCCAGGGGGAGCCCGAGCACCGGCCGGGCGGCCGGCGGCCUGCGGAGACGCCCACCCCCGCGGCCUCUGCCGAGCGCUGGCCGCUCGGUCGCGACUGUGGUUAUUGGCGGAGCGCAGGGGACCCUUGUGGGGGGAGCGGGAGAGGCCGCGGCCGGUCUGACGCCAGCCCUUGUCUUGCAGGCCCGGUGGUUCUGAGCACCCCUGCCCAGCUCAUCGCGCCCGUGGUGGUGGCCAAGGGGACGCUGUCCAUCACCACGACGGAAAUCUACUUCGAGGUGGAGGAAGACGACGCCGCCUUCAAGAAGGUCGACACGAAAGUUCUCGCGUACACCGAGGGACUCCACGGAAAAUGGAUGUUCAGCGAGAUACGAGCCGUGUUUUCCAGACGCUAUCUCCUACAGAACACUGCUUUGGAAGUGUUUAUGGCAAACCGGACCUCGGUCAUGUUCAAUUUCCCUGACCAAGCAACAGUUAAAAAGGUCGUGUACAGCUUACCUCGGGUUGGAGUAGGGACCAGCUAUGGUUUGCCCCAAGCCAGGAGGAUAUCGCUGGCCACUCCCCGACAGCUGUACAAAUCCUCCAACAUGACUCAGCGCUGGCAGAGAAGGGAGAUUUCAAACUUCGAGUAUUUGAUGUUCCUCAACACCAUUGCAGGGCGGACCUACAACGAUCUGAACCAGUACCCCGUCUUCCCAUGGGUACUAACAAACUACGAGUCAGAGGAGCUGGACCUGACCCUCCCCGGGAACUUCAGAGACCUGUCAAAGCCAAUUGGUGCAUUGAACCCUAAGAGAGCUGUGUUUUACGCGGAGCGGUACGAGACGUGGGAGGACGAUCACAGCCCCCCGUACCACUACAACACACAUUACUCAACGGCAACGUCCACCCUGUCCUGGCUCGUGAGAAUCGAACCGUUUACAACCUUCUUCCUCAAUGCAAAUGAUGGAAAAUUCGACCACCCCGAUCGGACCUUCUCAUCCGUGGCCCGGUCUUGGAGAACCAGCCAGAGGGACACUUCCGACGUGAAGGAGCUGAUCCCCGAGUUCUACUACCUGCCCGAGAUGUUUGUCAACAGUAACGGGUACCACCUUGGAGUCCGAGAAGAUGACGUGGUGGUGAACGACGUGGACCUCCCCCCCUGGGCGAAGAAACCCGAGGACUUUGUGCGGAUUAACAGGAUGGCCCUGGAAAGUGAGUUUGUGUCCUGCCAGCUGCACCAAUGGAUAGACCUCAUCUUCGGCUACAAGCAGCGAGGGCCGGAGGCUGUCCGGGCUCUGAACGUCUUCCACCACUUAACCUACGAAGGCCCCGUGACCCUGGACAGCAUCGGGGAUCCCGUGCUCCGCGAGGCCAUGGAGGCGCAAAUCCACAACUUUGGACACACGCCAUCGCAGCUGCUGAUCGAGCCCCAUCCACCUCGAAGCUCGGCCAUGCACCUGAGUCCGCUCAUGUUCAAAGACCAGAUGCAGCAGGACGUCAUCAUGGUGCUGAAGUUCCCCUCCAACUCCCCGGUGACCCACGUGGCGGCCAACACGCUGCCCCACCUCACCAUCCCCGCCGUGGUGACCGUCACCUGCAGCAGGCUCUUUGCAGUGAACAGGUGGCAUAACACAGUGGGCCUCAGAGGAGCUCCGGGAUACUCCUUGGAUCAAGCCCACCAUCUUCCCAUUGAAAUGGACCCACUCAUUGCCAACAACUCCGGUGUGAACAAACGCCAGAUAACAGACCUCGUCGACCAGAGCAUACAGAUCAACGCCCACUGCUUUGUGGUGACAGCAGACAACCGCUACAUCCUGAUCUGUGGGUUCUGGGACAAGAGCUUCCGAGUUUACUCCACAGAGACAGGGAAAUUGACCCAGAUUGUGUUUGGCCACUGGGACGUGGUCACGUGCUUGGCCAGAUCGGAGUCGUACAUCGGCGGGGACUGCUACAUCGUGUCCGGGUCCCGGGAUGCCACCCUGCUUCUCUGGUACUGGAGUGGCCGCCACCACAUCAUCGGAGACAACCCCAACAGCAGUGACUACCCGGCCCCAAGAGCCGUCCUGACCGGCCACGACCACGAGGUCGUCUGCGUGUCCGUGUGUGCGGAGCUGGGACUCGUCAUCAGUGGUGCUAAAGAAGGCCCCUGCCUGGUGCACACCAUCACGGGAGACCUGCUGCGAGCCCUGGAGGGGCCGGAGCACUGCUUGUUCCCCCGCCUGAUCUCCGUGUCCAGCGAGGGCCACUGCAUCAUCUACUACGAGCGCGGCCGCUUCAGCAACUUCAGCAUCAACGGCAAGCUGCUGGCUCAGAUGGAGAUCAACGACUCUACCCGGGCCAUUCUGCUGAGCAGCGAUGGGCAGAACCUGGUGACGGGCGGGGACAACGGUGUGGUGGAGGUCUGGCAGGCCUGCGACUUCAAGCAGCUGUACAUCUACCCCGGAUGCGAUGCUGGCAUCAGAGCCAUGGACCUGUCCCACGACCAGAGGACCCUCAUCACGGGCAUGGCGUCAGGGAGCAUCGUAGCCUUCAACAUCGAUUUCAACCGGUGGCACUACGAGCACCAAAACAGAUACUGA